GUGUGACUGAGUCAACGGUCAAUCUUCACAUAUGAUUUGAUCAAUGUGAGCUUUGUACUAUUCGAAUAUUGUUUUUUUUUGUGAUUAAUAAUAUACGCGUUACAUAAGACAGAACACGAUGGAUGAUCCAAAUGACUACAUUGAAAAUGUGAAUACUAUAUCAUCGUUAUACAGGAUUACUGUGGUGAAUAACUGGAAGGAUGUACCGGCGGUGGGGUUGAUGGCCCUUGGAACUUAUGUAAUAAUAUCUAUAUAUUUAAGUAAACUCGCCACGAAGUUUCGAUUGCCAAUCACUUACAAGUUUAUUCUUCUGCUGGUAUCCAUAUUCGUGACCUCUUGCAUUUAUUUUACCAAAAUUGCUUCGUUUAAUUUUCUUCUUGCGAUCAAUCCACGCGUCGUGUUCGCCCUCGUCCAUCCCCUUUACAUCUUGAAAAUCGGAUACGGCUUGGAUGUCCACCUGAUCAGUCGUGUCGUGCCGCAGGUUCUCCUCUUGAGCACCGUUGGCCUAGGUAUCUUCAGCAUGUUCAUCGGUGCAACGCACAUCUCCCUCGGCGACGUGCCCCACAUGAUUAUCUUCAUCCCUGUAUUUGGCUUUGCUUUGGGAUCUAUCGACAAUUUGGAAACUAUAAACGAGCUGAAGGAGUUCGAGAACCUCAGAUAUAUAUUGGUGACGCUGGAGACGGAGUGUGUGAUGGGAAACGCGAUGUGUCUGAUGCUCCUGCAAAUCUUUUUCGGUGUCAUGGAGGGAUCCAUCGUGGAAUGGUAUCACGUGAUUUGCGUGUUCCUGCGUUACUGCAUCGGCGGCAUCCUCUUCGGCAUCCUCGUGGCGAGAAAAGUUCGCAUGGUCCUUGUGAAACUAUUUGACGAAAUGCAGCUGUCCUUCCUGGCCAUCUUGUUACUCACGUACUUCACCUACUUCGUUUGCGAGUACGUGCUUUACCUUUCCGGUCCACUAGCUACGUUCAUAGUUUCCGUGAUCAUUUCCGUCGAGCGGACCCGUCUCACCAACGAGGUGGAGUCCAAACUGAACCUCUCUUGGGACAUUCUCAAUUCCAUCCUGGAGUACAUCUUGUACAUCGGCACAAGCUCUAUUAUAUUCGUAUUCGCCAUCAAGAACUUCGAGUUGGCCAGAAUCUCCGAGUACUUCAUGAUGUACGUGGCAUCCUUGAUUGGACGAUUCCUUUGUCUGAUGAUACUGAUGCCGUUCCUCGUCAACAUCGGGCACAGUAUUAAGUACAAGUGCAUCUUAGCAAUCUUCUGGUUGGCUAAGAAAGGCAGCAUCCAGAUGCUCAUGUUCUUGCUGAUAUUCCAUCACAGUAAGAGCCAUGAGAUGGCGGCUAAAUCUUGUCCGCACACGCUCACCUUCAUCUGGCUAAGUCUCCUUAUCAACGGAUGUUCCACCAAAAUCUUUCUUCGAACAUUCGGCCUGACCGCUAUCAACAGGAUGAAGAAGACCAACAUGAAUAAUUGCAUCAAAUUCAUCGAAGCCAAAAAGAAGAAUUUCAUUGCCAUGAUGAAGACUGAUCGAUUUCUCUCCGAUGUUAACUGGCAGAUGACCGAUGUUCUAACUACGAUGGAUCAUCCUUACGAGAUGGAGUACGAUGAAGAUGAUGAUGACGAUUAUCUUUGGGGCACCAGGCAAUCCUUCUGCGCCGACUGUCGCAAGGAGGUGGUCAUCGAGCCGACCAGGAAAGAAGUUAUCCAUCUGAAAGAUGAAGCCAAAAUCAAGGUUUUGAAAACGCUCAAGAUUUCAUUCAUAAGACAGCACGAAAAAGGUUUGCUGUCGACGGAUGGAAUGAGACCGCUUCUUCUGGCAACAGAAAUCGCAAUGGAUGCGCAUAACUUGCAAGUGAAUAUAACUCCGUUAUUGAAUCUAUUCACAAAUAAGGCAUGGUAUGAAUACGUGAAAGAAUUUCUGUUGCGACUCGAGAAGCAUGGAUUCACUAAAUGCAAAAAACCAAGAAACAUGUUCAGGAAGAUUUGCUACAAAAUUUGCAUGAAUAGACUUUACGAAAUUGUGAUUUACUUGUACAUCAUCGCUACAGUUGUUAUUUAUUCGCUGCAGCUGAAAGGCGAAAUUGACGACAGUUUACCGACGAAAAUCGAGACGCUGAUUUUCUUUAUUGAUUUCAUAUUGAAAGUUAUGGCUUUUUCGCAUAUUUACAUCAAGGAAGGCGUGAAACUUUAUUUCCAGAGACAUUGGAACAAAAUAGACUUUUUCAUUUUGGUAACAGAUAUGUUGAGCGUUUUAUUGGAUGAGCUGAGCAGGUUCAAAAUUAUCGAUCCAAGAUCUUUGGAGCUGAGUUUCAUCGAGUCGUUCCUAUUGUAUUUAGAUCUGAUGAGGACUUUGCGUUUACUGAAGCUUGUCGUGAUUUUGUACGAGUAUCGAAAGAAUUUCAUUCAAAUUUGCGAAAAUUUGCAAACUGCACGAAUGUGUUACGCUUUGGAUAUUGGUCAGGCGGUGAUAACUUCCUGCGAGGAAGUGUUAAAAUCUAUAUCGCAGAUAACGGGACAUUCGGAAAUUCGUAAAGACAUUGAGAUUAAGAUGAAGAGCGAUAAGCGUUUACUGCUGUACGAGAUCAUCAACAUCCAUAAGAGUAUGCCUUGGGUUCCUGUCACGGUAAAAAGUAAAAAAGCAAUGCGGAUUGCUUUGAACGCUAUGAAGCAAGAUAUGCUGGAUUUGAAAUCUUCAGGUAUGAUCGAUGAUUCGGAUUUCAACAAGUUGAAGCAAAGCUACGAGAUGGCGAUGAAGACGGUAGUUCGAUUGAAGAGUGUCCCGAUGAAGCGCAUCGAAGAGAUUUACUACGAAGUUCCAUGGUUGUGGCAUUCGCAUGAUUUGGCGAUUUUCAUGUUCAUAAACUCUACGCUGACCACAUUCGAGGCUGGAGACAUAAUAAUACAAGAAAACGAAUCCACAGACAUGAUUUAUGUGAUAAUAGAAGGUUUCGCCAGAUUGAAAUAUAGUCCGAAGAACCAAAUGGUGCGCGGCUACGGGGCUCUACCGAUCAAAGAUUAUAUCCAAACCCAAUACUUGCUCAAUUCGAAAGAUGAGAUUUUGAUACCUGGCAAUUCCGUUGGUGAAUUGGCAACCCUGACCAACAGACCAAGCAACUGCGAAGUCGUCUGCGAGACUGCAGUUAAGGCCUUUAUGAUACCUUCUUCAACUUUGCACGAUGCCAUUUCCUACCAUGGCAACACCAAAAACAGUCUCUUCAACGAUCUCUGGAUGUUUGUAAGCAUCCACCUGUCGGUCUCUCUUCUCUGGGAAACACAAAUCUACAAGAACUUCAGCAAAGAAGACAUAUACAACGUCGUCAUGCGCGCCUUCAUUCCUGACCUUUCUAAGCGCAAAUCGUUUAUCGGGUCCGAUAGGAUUAAAGAUAUCCUUUUGAUUGAGGGUGUCGUUGAGGAUAUCAAAACAAACAACAUCUAUUACGCUCCUUGUUUCCUACCCAGAUCGGCGCAAAAGUUGAUUUUGAAAAAAGAUUCCGAGCGGAACAUCGAAACCAAAUUAGUGAUAAUUCCCGUAAAAUCCACUUACAUCGACAGCAUUAUGUCUUAUAGAGAAGCUUCGGAGACGUAUGUCGAUACGGAGAUUAUUAAGAAGAGCACACGAAACGAAGGUGAUUCCCGACAAAUUCAACCUGGAAUUCUGAAAAGCAUUCUUAAACAGAAGGUUAAGUAGCUUUUUUUUUUUUAAUAUAUUUUCUUGUUUUAAUUCGUUUGUCAAUUUGU